AUGACAAGUCACCGUUCAAAGGAAUCACUCAAGCUCUCUGGGAGUGUAGAUGAUCCUGAAAAUGCUGAAGAACUCAAAAGGACCAGAACAGAUAUUGAAAACAACAUCACAAAAAUCCAAAAGCUUAUUAAGAACGGAAACCAAAGCAGAAAAGAUGGGAACUCCAAACGUUCUAGGAAAGAGGCAGAACUUGUGGGACUGAUUGAGGACUUACACAAGCAGUGCCAGUCACUUUAUGCACUGUAUGAUCGUGUUACUGGAGAGCCUGGGAAAGUAGUUUCUCGCGGAAGAAACAGGAGGGCUUCAGUGUCUUCCUCUGACUCAGAAGAAUACUUCUCGCCAGAGGAAGUGGAUGGUAAUAAGAGAAGGUCAGAAAAAGAAAAACACCGUGUUUCUGACACCACUAAGCAGGAACCUGAAGAAGGCAAUAAUAGAGAGGUAACAGAGCUUGAGGGGAAGUUAACUUCACUAAUGAAAGAGAUGGGGAGUUUAAGCCAGCAAAAAUCGGAUCUAGAACUUCAAGUUGAAACCCAAGCACAUGAAGUAAAACAACUAAGCACAAAGAAUACUGAGCUGCACGACCAAGUCUUGGAGCUUGAAUUGUUGUUGAAAGAGGAAAAAGGUGUGGUAUCUAAUCUGCAAGAGAAACUCAAAAGUAAUGAGGAACAAGCAAAGUUAAAUAUUGAAAAUUUAAUGGCACAGAUCAACGAGCUCAAAUGGGAGGCUAAAUCUCUGCGGACCCAGAAAGAUGAAAUGGAAGAAAAAAUAAAAUGUGAUAUGAACGAAGCAUCAACCCAAAGAGAGGAGCUUAACGUUAUGCAGCAAAAGUUAGAUUCUCUAUGCAAUCAGAACAAAGAAUUAGAAGCCCAGAUGGAAACAAAGAGGGAACAAAUAUCCGAGUACCUGAUCCAGAUAGAGAGUCUGAAGGAGAAUUUAGCUGAAAAGAGUUCAGUUGAACGGAGUAUGGUGGAAGAGAAAGUGGGUUUUCUUGCAAGGACAAAGGACCUGGAACUAGAAUUGGAAACUCUAAGCAACCAGAAAAAUGAAUUGGAAGAGCGGUUAAGAGAUAAAACUUUUGAGAGCAAACAGUUGGAGAAUGAAAAGAAGGCCCUGCAGGACAGAAACCAUGAACUGAAAACAGCAAUGACACAAAGAGGGGAAGAGAUAUCUGGUUUUAUGAAGGAACACGAGGACCAAAUAAAUGGAGCUUCUAUGGAGGGUAUGGCUCUAAAAGCAGAAGUUAAUGCUAUGAGACUAGAGUUGGACACACUGCAUGAAAAGAAAAGCAAGUUUGAGCAACAAAAUGAACGAAGCGAGAAGGAAUAUGCAGAAAGCCUAGAAAAGAUGGAAAAUUUGAACGUCAAGUUAUCAAGCCAGAUAGCUGAUCAAGAGAAAACUGUAAAGGAUCAAGCAGUCACCAUUGAACGAUUAAGUGCGGAGCAAAAACAAGUCAAAAUUUUGUCUAACAAGUUCGAGUUGAUUCGUCGAUCGACAGAAAGGAAAGUGGAAGACAUGGCAGAUGAGUUUCGGAAUAAAAUGGUUGACAAUAUCCGGUUGUUGCACCAGAGGAUCCACGUGGCAGAACAGCUUAACAAUGAGAACAAAAACAGUUGCAAAAUGACAAAACAAAGGUAUGAGCAAGAGAACAAGAUUCUUGUAGAGAAAAUUGCUAUUUAUGAAAAGGAACUAACGAAGCUUAAAGUGAGUUCGAGUGCAAGUGCAACAACAACACCCUUACAAGCGUGUGAUCCAAAUGUGUUAGACUUGUCUGUUCUGAAUGGAUUAGAUUUGGCAGCUGAGAAGGUUGAAACACAGAAAGAACAUGUCUCUAAAAUGCUGUGUGAGGUUCAGCUUGCGAAGGAUUGGAUAAAGAAAAGGAAUGUUGAGAUUGAACAAAUGAAAGAUAAUGUGGAUAACCUGAAGGUGUUACUGAAUAAAAAAGAAGAGCAGGAAUUCUUGUUAAGAGAGAAGGUGUGGAACUUAGAAGCCAAAGUGAGCAAGGAAGGAGGAGAGAAGCUUAACCUAACGAAAGCGGUGAGCCAGCUUGAGAAGAAAGUGGGAAAAUUGGAAAAGAAUCUCAAAGAAAAGGAUGAAGACUUCGUUAGCCUUGGCGAGAAAAAGAGGGAAGCAAUAAGGCAGCUCUGUUUUGUGGUUGAUUUUUAUCGCGAUCGUUGUAACUAUCUCAAGGAUUUGGUCACGAGUACCAAGUUCAAUAACAGGGUACGAGCUUAG